CCAAAGUCCCUCAACAUGAACAGUGCAUUCCUACUCUCAGCCCUCUUCUUCUUCUUCUUCACAAUCCUAAGCGUUUCACAUGCUCAAGGAGGGGGACCCAUCUCAAGUAUCACGAGAAGUCAUGAUCUUUCCAGCCAAACUCAUCAAUGGAGACACACCCAGAUGACGAAACCACAAGAGACCCAUGUCAAGUUUAAGUCUUUUCCACCUCCAAUGGUGCAAGCAGGUGUCUUGUGCUUCGUAGCAGCUGCUGUUUCGAGCGCAGGUGGGAUUGGUGGAGGUGGACUUUUCAUACCAAUUCUCGCUAUAGUUGCAGGCCUUGAGCUCAAGACAGCCUCGAGCUUCUCAGCUUUCAUGGUCACUGGUGGUUCCAUUGCGAAUGUCAUCUGCAACUUGAUCAUCAAGAGCCCCAAGUUUGGUGGCAAGUGCUUGAUUGACUAUGACAUUGCACUCCUCUCGGAGCCAUGCAUGUUGUUGGGAGUCAGUAUAGGUGUCAUAUGCAAUGUUGUCUUCCCCGAGUGGCUCAUCACGAUACUAUUCACAGUCUUUCUUGCUUGGUCCACCUUUAAGACCUGCAAAAAUGGGGUCUCGUAUUGGAAACUGGAGUCAGAGGAAGCGAGAGAGAUAGUACACUUGGAAAAAGGGUCUGUGCGAGAGGGGGGUUUUGAUGGGUCAGAGGAAGCCAAAAUUGCAAAAAAGCCUCUUUUGGGUGUUGAACCAAAAUGUCAAGAAAAGUUUCCUUGGAUGAAAUUGGGGGUUUUGGUUCUGGUCUGGUUUUCAUUCUUCCUCGUGUAUGUACUUCGUGGAAACCGAAAUGGACAGAGUAUCAUCACAAUUGAACCAUGUGGUCCAGGAUAUUGGAUACUCUCAUCUGUUCAGAUUCCACUAGCUGGGGUCUUCACUUCAUGGAUUCUUUUCAGGAAAGAAAGCAUUCAACAUCAAGUUUCGAGCCAGCAGGACAUUGAUGACCCAAACAGAGAAGGACCAACCAACAGGCUUAUUUUUCCGGUAAUGGCACUGUUAGCUGGACUUCUGGGCGGAAUUUUCGGAAUAGGCGGUGGAAUGCUUAUAAGCCCACUCCUCCUGCAAGUGGGAAUUGCACCUGAGAUUACAGCAGCGACUUGCUCGUUCAUGGUUUUCUUCUCGUCCACAAUGUCGGCACUCCAGUAUAUCCUAUUGGGGAUGGAGCACACAGACAUCGCCCUGAUAUUUUCCUUCAUCUGCUUCGUCGCAUCACUUCUGGGAAUAAUCGUAGUUCAGAGGGCCAUAAGAGAGUACGGGAGGGCCUCGCUCAUCGUGUUCUCCGUCAGCAUUGUGAUGGCUUUGAGUACGGUUCUCAUCACCGGAUUCGGAGCUGUUGAGAUCUGGAAUGACUACAUUUCAGGUAAGUAUAUGGGAUUCAAACCUCCCUGUCGACGACUCUAGCGCAUGGAAUUUUCGCUAAGCGCACUCGCUGUAAAAGUUAGAAACAGCUCGUUUCUCUUCAACUAGUAAGGAAUAGGGAGAGAUAGGCAUACUCUCAUCUCAGUUGGGACGACGCCAACACAUUUGAGCAUGUCUCUCUAUAGGAGACUGUUCCAACAGACUAGUUUUACUAUCUCCGGUAUUUUAUUGUGUAACAAUGGGAGCGGAAGGGCCGUGCAUGGAGCUUUCUUGACCUGGAAAGAUGAUCCUUUGUAAAAUAGUGUAAGACGAGUAUGAUAAUCCUUGCCAUGAGAUUGACUUUUCAAUAUUAAGCACGAUGGAGCAUUCAUACAA